AUGAGCAGUCGAACAUUUGAACAAGACAUCGAGCAGCUUCAUUGUGACGACGAGACGGCUGUGCAAUAUUACGACAGUCGGGAUGCUCAAGUCUCUUCUGACUUAUUGGAUGAUCAUGCCCUUCGAAAUAAGUUAGUCGAUGUUUCGUUGAUUCAAAACACGACACAUAAACUUGCGAAUCAGAAUGUUCAAACUGAGAACCCGCCUCCAUUUAUUCUCUUCUCUGCCAUCGGGGCUGCAGAUUUCGCCAGCAAGGAGAAGCCCCUUCGAAUCUCACGAGACACAUUACGUACGCUGAUCGAAUCCUGUGGAUUUCCGCACCAGCUUCCGCAUACCUUUGCGUUCAGCAUACCGCAUAUCUCACACUACGUUCAUUACGAGGAUGGGAGUCCGCAGCCUUUUGCCAUCUCCUUCAUUGUGCGAGUACCCAGAAACAGCGGUGCUGUCACGAUCGUGUCCCGCAUGACACUGCACGAUAAAGCAUGUAUAUGCCUAAUCCUCGCGGCUCAAGACAGGGACGCGUCAGCUCUGAGAGACAAAUGCAUCCAGCACAAAGAUCUAAUUGCGCGGUACCCUUUUUAUCCGAUGAUAUUCCUACUAGAAUAUCGCCUCGGUGGUUUCGGUCGCUGGCUUCGAAGCCUUUGGCACGGGGUAGGUCUUCUGGAGGAAGAAACUGGAAUGACGCCUUGGAUGACUACUAAGGGCAAGAGCUCUGUGGACCUUGCGGGUGAAGAGAACAAGGACUAUGGCCAAACGCUCCAGAAAUUGCACGCCAUCAACGUGGAGCUGACUUUGGCAGAGACCACGAUGAAGUUCGCUACGGAAUUCGUCAAAUUUUGCGGCAUGAUGCUAGACCUAGUUGAAAGAACCAACAAGGAGCUGAAAUUGCCUGGAAUGACUCCCGCUCAUCGACAAACAGUCGAAGGAGAGAUUCGAUACAACGAGAAGCUUUGCCAAUUCUCCAGAGAUAAGUUUCAGGAGCUGCUAAGCCGCGUUGGGUCCCAGAUCAAUGUUACGUUUAGCCUCAUCGCUCGACAAGACAGCAAAACUAGUACAAGCAUUGCCGAGUCCGCAGCGAGAGACAACCAAGCUAUGAAGACUAUAACGAUCAUCACUCUGGUCUUCUUGCCAUCAACGCUCCUCGCAACGAUUUGGUCCAGCGGAAUCUUCGCUAUUGACCUCGACCGAAGCUGGCGCAUAUUUCUCGGCACAUCUAUCGGACUUACUGCCCUCGUCUUUGCCAUCUGGAUGAUGAUACUUCAGAAGAUCAAUGCGCCGUUAAAAGCUGCUCCAAAACUCAGCCCUGUCUAA